AAUGGAACAUGACGUCGACGGCUUCCUUCCUUGUUGGGGGUAAAACACCCCUAACUGACGAGGACAGGUACGAUGGGAAACAGUUAAGGACACCCAAGGUCGAUAAAAUCUCUCGUUCACCAUGCACCAGCCGUCCCAGUCUCCCCGUCCAUACCUACUCUCACAUCAUCCGGGGUGAAGUGAAAUUCAUCGCUCUUCUUCUCACCCUAAUAUCUAGCUUAUCUUAAUCCUGUAACGUUCUGAAUUAUUCUUCUAUCUACAUUUCUUUAUCCCACAGUUAUCGUCAUCCCACGCAAUAGUACAUCAUGAGAGACACUAGACGCACCGGCCUCAACAUAGCAUUUGUCUACGAUCCAAAGGAUUACUAUGAGUCCAUAGGAUUUUCCAAGAGCGAAUGCGCCGACCUAGCAGACGAUGUGACCAUCAACGGCGUAGCAUCAGCCCUCGAGAGUCUCGGCCACCGCGUGGUCCAUGUUCCCGGGAUCAAGACUCUCGUCAAGCAUCUCUCAGCAGAGAAUCACAAGCAAUGGGAUCUCGUCUUCAACUACAGCGAGGGCGUAUUCGGCUCCGCCCGUGAGUCGCAGGUCCCCGCCCUGUUAGAGGCGUAUCAGAUCCCUUUUACCUUUUCCGACUCCGCGACGCUCGCAACGGGGAUCGAUAAGGGAAAGACCAAGAUGCUAUUAGAACACUAUCGAAUCCCAACGAGCCCAUUCGUCAUCGUCCCCAGAUACGGCGAACUCGUAGAUUACGCCACUCUAGAAGACCAAAUACCGUAUCCACUCUUUGCGAAGCCAAUCGCCGCAUCCACAUCCAACGGCAUAUCGCCAUCGAACAAAAUCCUGCGAAAAGAAGAUCUCCAAGAUGUCGUCGAGGACCUCCGCACCCAGUUCAAAGACCAAGAAAUCCUCCUCGAGAAAUUCCUAGACGGUCGCGAAUUCACCGUAGCCAUCCUUGGGACCGGCGAACAAGCCGAAGUACUAGGCGUCUCCGAGGUGACAUGGUACAACCCAGCAGGGAGAAAAAGCGACGACCUCUCCGUCGACUUCGCGACAAGUUUCUCCAAGGAGGGCAAGGGUGACGGGCAUGACAUGGGCCACGUUCAUGCGGACCUGGCAGAUCCUCUGGUCAAGGCGGUAGCUGAGAUCGGACUCUCCGCAUAUCAGGCACUCGGUUGUAAAGAUGCAGGUCGGGUCGAUAUCCGCCUGGAUGGUGCCGUGCCAUAUGUCAUCGAGGUGAAUCCGAUCUUCGGACUACGACCGGAUUAUUCCUUGUUCACUUGGAUCGCGAAAAACAACGGAAUGGAAUACCAGGACAUCAUCGCGGAGGUUGUCGACAAUGCUCUACUGAGGCAGAAACCGGCGAUGGUGCCGAAUGGUUUGAAGAAUUAAUCUCAUGCCGUAUAGACUAUAUCCUUGAAAGACAGCCUCUAAUAAACAAUACCGGGGCCAGAGCAAAAAGGGGGAUGUGAGUAAUACUUACUAUGGCGUUGUGGCGUUAUUCAGGUGUUCAGCUUG